AUGAAAGAUCUUGACUUGAAACUAUAGCAACUUGAGCUUAAUAAAUAGAUUUUAAUUCCUCCAUCAAGUUCAAGAAAUUAAAGUAAAAAUAAGUCUAAUCUAAACUUAGGUUUUUCUAAGCAUUUCGACUCCACAAAUAACAAUAACUUUCUUUUUGCCAGUAUUGGUUAGAACAAUCAUAGAGAAGGUCACAAGCAAAGAGUUUUCCUUGACAGCACCUUAUCACCUUUAAGAUCUCGCACUUAUCUGCAUACUACUGCUUAAACUCUUCUUAAUGAUUCCCCGCUUUUUAAUGAUGAAAUUUUAUAUUCUGGCUUUAGAACUCCUUCAUAGUUACAGUCUAUAAGAUCUUCCCCUAAGAAUUUCACUCUAGACUUAGUGACUGAAUAAGAAGCAAACGGAGGAGUCAAUAUGAUUUAUCAUGACUAGAUAGAAAUUUAAAGUAAUUAGGAUCAAGCAUUAGAGGAAUAAAACUAUGACUAGAUUCAAUCAGCUAUAUAAAACUCAAUUCUCCAAUAUUAGCAAAUAUAAAAACCUGAAUUAGAUUUGUGCAGCCCAUAAUUUCAACUACAAAAAAGAAAGAGAUCUUUUAGUUCUGAGAGAUAAAUGUGGAGAUCAGAUAAUUUUAGAGACAUGAAUAUUUUUAAUGGGAUAUAAGGAAUGCAAAGAGCAAAGCUUGAGGAUAUUUAGACAGGAAUCAUUUUCUAUCCAGACAUGAGAUACAGAAAAUCAAAUGAGAAUUAGCAACAACAAAAUGAAGAGCAUAGUAGUGAAGUAUCAAUUUGCCAGAAAUACUUAGAACCGAUCCAAUCCUAACUGCAAUCAUAAUAUCUUGAUCAAGCUAUAAGAACUUCAGGAAUAUUUUAGUAGGAUAUUAACUAGGAGAAUUUGAUUCAAAUUAAUUAAGAUUAAGAGUAUUCAGAUCCCUUGAUAAGUGGAGAACAAUAGCAUGAUCUUUCUAGUUUUAAUAGAAUGAUGUUUGAUUCCAAAAAUAAGGAGAAUAUUUUCAUUGACAGCAAACUAGCUACAGGUAGAAACUCAUGUGAUAUUUUAGAUUUCCAAAACUAUAUUUAGCCUGAGUAAGGAGUUACAAAUUAAUUUGUGAUUGAUAAUAGCAAUGGUAAGCUUUACUAAAGUGAUAAACUAUCAAGAAGAAGAACUUAGAUGAAAUCUAAUUACUCAACUGAUAUGACUGGAGAAUUAUUAUCUGACUUGAAGAAUAAAACGUAAACCCAUUAAUCUCUAAAGCAAAAUAGAAGAGCAUCACAAAAAUAGGUAACUCCUCUGAAAGUAUUGUAUGAGAACAUGACUCAAUUUUGA